AAAUCAUGACCGUAACCUACACCUCGAAUCGAUGUAUGAGAACUCGAUUGCUUUAGUCUGGCCCGAGCAGCGCCUGUUGGUUAGUGGAAACAGCGGUGUCGCGUUUGGUGUUUUGAAGUUAGCGGUUAGCUCCAAAACAAUGUCUCAGCCGCCACCAAAACCGUGGGAAAGACGAAUUCCUGGAGCUGUAGGAGCUCCACUAAACUAUCGUUCCACAGAUUUUGCGACAGGAAAUGGCCUAACAUCAUCAGGUCCUUCCACCAUGACGCGUGUGGCGCCUCCAGUCCCCCCGCGUCCAAUCCAGCAGACCUACCGUCCAGCCUACAGCUCUUACCCCUCCUCCUACAGCCCCUUCAGCAGCUCUCCGUACGGAGGCUACAGCCCUUACAGCCCAUACAGCUACGGGGGUUUAGGAUACAGCCGCUUCCUCCAGGAGGACGUGCCUCCGAGCCGCUUCGUGCAGCAGGCGGAGGAGAGCAGCCGAGGCGCGUUCCAGUCCGUCGAGAGCAUCGUGCACGCUUUCUCCUCCGUCAGCAUGAUGCUGGACGCCACCUUCUCGGCCGUCUACAACAGCUUCCGUGCCGUGCUCGACGUAGCCAACCACUUCUCCCGCCUGCGCAUCCACUUCACCAAAGUGCUGUCCGCCUUCGCGCUCGUGCGGACGCUGCGCUACCUGUACCGACGGCUGCAGAGGAUCCUGGGAAUGAGGGUGGACACUGAGGUGGAGGACCUGUGGGAGGACAGUGCAGCAAGCGCCGUAGUGCCAGGAGGCAGAGGAGCCGGCGUUGGCGAUUCCAGAGACAGCAGAGUGAAGUCUUGGCCCAUAUUUCUGUUUCUCGCAGUGGUUUUUGGCGGACCGUACCUGAUCUGGAAACUUCUGAGAUCUGAGGAGGGCGCAGAGGAGCGUGGCACUAACUGGGCAAGCGGUGAAGACGACCACGUGGUAGCCAGAGCUGAGUACGACUUCACUGCUGCUUCUGAGGAGGAGAUCUCUCUGCAGGCUGGAGAUAUGCUUAACCUGGCUCCAAAGGAGCAACAGCCAAGGGUGCGUGGGUGGCUGCUGGCCAGCGUGGACGGCCAGACCACAGGCCUCGUCCCUGCCAACUAUGUUAAGAUCCUGGGCAGGAGGAGGGGCAGGAGGCAAGCCGAGCUGGAAAGAUUGGCACAGCUCCAGCAGGGGCAGCAGGUUCUGCAGUCAGCACCAGCUCAGGUUACAGUGACGGUUCCAGCCACAGCCGGUCAGCCGGACCACGAGGAGCUGCUGGAGUGUGUGUACAGAGAAGCUCCAGCGUCUUGCACAAACCCAGCUGUCAACAACGGCAGCACAAACACUGCUCUAGAAAAUUCUGAGAAACUUGAUUUGUGAGUGUGUGUGUGUGUGUGUGUGUGUGUGUGUGUGUGUGGGUGUGGGUGUGGAGGCAUGUGAGUUUUGAUAGCAAGUCUGUAACUGACAGUUCUCCAGGGUUGAUAUGAAUCUUCCCAAGUGUAAUAUCCAUCCAUCUGCUUUUAUGCAUAUUUUAAAUUUGUGCAUACAGAAUUUUGAUGGAAAUGGCAAAAAAUGUUUUCGCUUGGCUGAUAAAGGAACAGUGGAUAAAGAGGAGAUAUAAUGAUGGAAACAGAUUUUGUUUUUAAAUAGACCUUUAGUUGACUUUUCAUAAAUUUGCUUAAAAUGUGCUAAACAUUUGGAUGGAAACAGAACAAACUUUAUUAAAUGGAGAACACUGGGGGGGAGCUGCCUCACCUCUGCUGGGCACUUAGGUCAGGUUUAAAGGUAUGAUCAGGAUGUUUUGAUGCUAAAUUACACACAUUUACUUUAUAAUACCCUAUUUAUUUCAUGGUAUGUAGAUAAAAUGAAACUCUAAUAAGGAAUUAAAACAAGAAACUAUUGAAUAAAAGUCGUAGAGAUGAUUUAAAGGAGCCGUUUGUAAUUUUUACAGCCCUCUGCUAGCUGUGAGAUGAAAUGCAUUUGCAGUUCCCGUUUGUCCCAAACGACCCAACUCAGACUGUUUAAAAUAUUUAAAAAGGAAAAGCGGCAAUUCUGAGCAGCUCUGCUCUGCCUGGGGCUGGAGCUCAUUUCUGGACCAGAAAAAUCUAAUCUAGUCUGAAAUAAAAAGCCAGCUCCACAGAAUGCCAGCGUAGUAAAUUCACAGUUUUGUAAUGUAUCUGUGGAUUUAUUUAACUUCUAUAGAUCGUGAAUGACUUAAAAAAUGACAUACUGCACCUUUAAUAAUGGCAUUAUUCAGACCAAAAGCAGAAUCUGUCCCUAAAUCCUGAUUAUAGCUUUCAACAGCUGAAUGAUGGAUAAGCAGGUAUCAUCGUGAUUUACGUUAUUUUCCACAAUACACUUUCAUCUGUUCUGUUAACUGUAGAAAAUGUGUGCUGUGUCAGUUCUCUUAUAUACGUUUUUCUCCAAAAGGUUAAACAGUUCAAACUUUUUCCAGUCAGAGACGUUUGUACGUGUUGGUACUGAUCACAGGAAAAAAACAGAUUUGAUAAAGAGGUAAUAAUGUAUAAUAUACGUUUAUGGAAUGAUAUAUAAUUUAUUGCACCUUGGAUGCUCUGAGAUUCGUUAUGAAGUUGGAAUCAAUGAAUUUACUGUUUAUGUCUUGGUUUUAAUUAACAGGUUUAAUUGACACGGUUGUUAGAAUUAUUGAAUUAUGAGAACAUGCUCGGGAUACUCUGUUAAAAUGAAUGUUUCAGUGGCUUACAGUAAUGUUACACAGCAUCAUGUUUCGCAUAAAGAUAUGCAGAUGUGAAACCUUCAGCAAUCUGGAAGCUUUUGUCUGUUUCUUCAUUAUGUUUGUUUGUGUGUACUGUCAUUGAAUAAUCAUUAGUGCACAUGCAGCUGUGCAAACAGAAACAGUAUUUUCAGUAAAAUAUUUUCAGACUAA